CCUCUCCUGCCGCUGCUCCGCCGCCUCACAGUACCGCCCGCCUCCCGCCGCGCCCCGCCAGGCAUGGGGUAGCCGCCGUGCCCUCGCCCCGCGCCUCCCAGCUCAGUGCAGGCCGCUGUGAGUGUGGUGGCCGUGGUGGUGUUGGUGGUGGUGGUGGUGGUGGUGGAGGAGGUGGUGGUGGUGGCGGUGGUGAGCCGUGAGCCGCGAGCCACCGCUGGGAACUGUUAAAAAAUAUGAGACCGGUAUUGACUGUGAAUCUGUGAGCGCGGAGUGUACCUGCCCUGCAUGUGCCGAACGGGGGCUGCUGCACUUUUGCUGCACCCACUGCUAGAGACGCCCGCACGCCCGCGGCACGCACCCCCUCCCCCCCACGGCCUGACUCUCCCGCCCCAUGUGAUCGCGGCCCGCAUGUUGCACAGAGCGGCCCUGACUGACCCCUAGUGAGCAGCGCCUGACGGAGAGGUGAAGGCCAGGUCAGGUCAGGUCAGGUGAUGGUGGGGGGCCCUCGCUGACCUCUCCUCACCCCCGCCUCGCCCCCCGCGACCUUAUCCAGCGAGGGCACCGCCGCCGUGGCCCUCCUGCCUGCAGCCUGUGCUGCCGAGUGUGUGGUGCCAGUGUGUGAGGCGUCGCCACCCUGGAGGCUGAGCCAGCAAGUCUCGGCUGGAAGGGCCCCCCAGGACCCCCCUCCUCAGAGCCCCACGGGCCCCCCUCCAUUGGUCCCUCGGGGUUCCCCAACCCUCCCACCCCAAACACCUUCUCAGGGCCGUCCACCCCCACCUUCAACCCCCCGGGCCCCACGCUGAACCGGCCCUCCCCUGGCCCCCCAUCCACUAACCCCACCCCCUUCCCCCAGGGCCCUGGUGGCCCCCAACCCUUCAACACGCCUCCCAACAGCUUCUCGGGGCCUCCCACCUCCGGCCCCCCCUCUGUCCCCUUCCCUGGCUCCCCCGCCCCAUCCAAUGCCUCCACUCCAGGCCCCGGGGGUCCCUCCCCCUUCCCUGGGGCACCCGGCGGGGGUCCCCCCACCAGCAUGGCCCCCACCAGCCUGGGGGGGCCAGUGCCCUCUGCUGUGCCCUUCCCCUGCUCCUCCAACUACAGCAGUCCCACCCCCACCGGCCCCCCACAUGAAUGGCCCCAACAGCACCAUGGCCAUGCUGGGGCCGCAGCAGCACGCACAGAUGAUCAACGGCCCCCCAGGCCACCCGGGGCCCUUCCCGGGGCCUGGGGGGCCGGGCUUCACCGGGCCGGGGGGACCCUUUGGACCGGGGGGACCACCGUUUGGGCCGGGAGGACCACCUGGGGGCCCUCCCAUGCACGGACCCAUGCAUGGCCCCAUGCAUGGACCAGGACCCCACCCCAUGAUGGGCCAGCUGGGACCCAUGGACCGCAUUGACCAGGGGAGGCGACACACCCCUUACUUCGGCCAGCCUGACUUCAGACUCUACGAGCUGAACAAGAGGCUACAGCAGCGCUCCGAGGAGUCAGACAACCUGUGGUGGGACGCCUUUGCCACGGAAUUUUUCGAGGACGAUGCCACGCUCACCCUAACCUUCUGCCUCGAGGACGGCCCCAAGAGAUACACCAUAGGACGGACGCUGAUCCCACGUUACUUCCGGAGCAUCUUCGAGGGCGGGGUGACUGAGCUGUACUACUCGUUAAAGCAUCCUAAGGAGUCCUUUCACAACACCUCCAUCACGCUGGACUGCGACCAGUGCACCAUGGUCACCCACCACGGCAAGCCCAUGUACACUAAGGUUUGCACAGAUGGCCGGCUGAUCCUGGAGUUCACAUUUGAUGACCUAAUGAGGAUUAAGUCAUGGCAUUUCGCGGUGAGGGCCCACAGAGAACUAAUCCCUCGCUCUAUGGUGGCCAUGCAGCAGGACCCCAACAUGGUGGAGACCCUCAGCAAAAACAUCACCAGACAAGGCAUCACUAACCACACGCUAAACUACCUCAGGUUAUGUGUGAUCCUGGAGCCCAUGCAGGAGCUAAUGUCAAGACACAAGGCGUACGCUCUCUCGCCGCGGGACUGCCUCAAGACCACACUGUUCCAGAAGUGGCAGAGGAUGGUGGCUCCUCCAGGUGCUGCUAACCAGGCAAAUGGUAGAAUUGGGGCAGAAGGAGAGACCCAGCGGGCACCCAACAAGCGAAGGAAGCGGAAAGGGUCAGCGUCGGGUCAGAACGCCACGCCGAACUCCACCGGGUCAAGCAAGAAGAGGUCACCGGGGCCAAACUUCAACCUGGCCACCCAAGUCUCCCAGGACGUGAUGGUGGUGGGCGAGCCGUCCCUGAUGGGCGGCGAGUUUGGCGACGAGGACGAGCGGCUCAUCACCAGGCUGGAGAACACCCAGUACGACACCACCAGCGUGGAGGACGGCGGCGGCAGCGGGGCGCCCCAGGGCACCGGCCCCGGAGGUCCUGGCGGUCCCGGCCCCGGUCCCACUGGCCCCACGCCCUUCAACAACUCCCCGAUGACCGCGGGGCCCGGCGGUCCCUGGCCCGACCCCGCACGGCCCCCCCAGGACGCUGACAAGAAGAGCCCGGCGAUCAGUCAGUAGCCCCGGGAGAAGCUGUGUGCCCCGCCCCGCCCCGCGCUGCCCCACACUCCGCCUGUGUUACCUCGCCUCGGCCUCAACACAUACACACACACACUGAGACAUGAUUUUCUAUAGUUUUAUUAUCUAUAUAAGUAUAUAAAGAACACGUGUGAGGCAGAGAAACACACACACACACACACACACGCACACACACACACACACACAUAUAUGAACACACGCAGGCGGCCGUGGCGGGGCGGGGCGGAAGCGGGGCGGAGCGGAGCGGGGCGGGGCGGGACUCGGGGCUCGGGGCGGGGCAAACCUGUACAUGCUUUGUAACUUUUGUAUCGUUUAGAGGACAAAAGCAAGUUUUCCUAGGGACCAACCCUUUGGUCGGCUGUACACAGUGUUUUAGUUAACGGUUGUGUCCGCGGUCCUGCAGACAGACAGACAGACAGACAGACGGACAGAGGCAGCCGUGUGGGGCGAUGGACGGGAGGCUGAGAGAGAGAGAGAGAGAGAGAGAGAGAGAGAGAGAGAGAGAGAGAGAGAGAGAGAGAGAGAGAGAGAGAGAAAGUUUGAAAUAUUGAUCGCUUCCUUUCGACAGUGUGUGUGUGUGUGUCCACAGGUAAUAUUUAUAAUCUCAGUCGCUGUGGGUGCAGGUGUGUGUGUGUGUGUGUGUGUGUGUGUGUGUGUGUGUGUGUGUGUGUGUGUGUGUGUGUGUGUGUGUGUGUGUGUGUGUGUGUGUACGUACUUAUUUCAACCGCCCUUUCUCCCCACCACGCCCUUCUGAAGUAACAAACGCUUCCUGUUUGGACACACACACACACACACACACACACACACACACACACACACACACACACACACACACAGGUCAAUGGCAUUAUUUACAAAACAUGUGCGUUUUAUGCUUCUCCGUUUAUAUGUGAGUUUGAUUUUGGUUUUGCUAGUGCGUGCGUGCGUGCGUGCGUGUGUGCGUGCGUGUCCAAUACCCCUCCGGUCUCAAGUUAUCGUACACACAGCAGUAAAUAAGAAUAAAACAUUAAUUCCUUCCAUUAUACAUCAAUAUAUUACCACGGUCACAUUUCACCUUCCAUUGUUAUCAAUUCUGUAACAUAACGUACGGAAUGUGAAGUGAAUUACAAAGCAUUAAGGUAACUAAUUUCAAGGUACCUUUUUUUUUUUUAAUCUUACGUAUUUGAAGUUCGUAAGAUUCACAAGAUCAAAGUUAAAAUCAACUCUAUUUUUCCUUAUUUUGUCUUUACUUUCUGUAUUUUUUUUUUUUUUUUUAUUCCAGACCAGUCACACAGUAAGUCUUGCAUUGAUGUAUUUGUUAUCGUGUAUAUCGGCUCAUAUUCUCUCAUAUUAACUGUGUGUGCAUAACGAAGGACUGAUGUAUGAGAUGAGCGGAGUUGGUUAUUAGUGCACUGUUUUAAAGAAUGAUACUGAUGAUGAUGAUGAUGAGUAAUGAAGUGGCUAUUAUUCCUCUUGGAAAGAAUGAUACUGAUGAUAAUGAGUACUAAUAUAAGCAAAGGUUUUAACGUGUGAAUUAUCAACAUAUGUAUUAUUUUUCUUUUCUCUCUUUUUUUUAUUUUUAUCUCUAAGUUAGUCGAGUUUUAAUUAUGUGACUUGUACCUCACUUGUUCUCGCACGGUGCUGGUGAUGACGAUGAUGGCUGAGUUUUACAAUGUUCACGUGUAAGUGUUUCUAACGGGGCGCACGUAUUAAGUCUGUUUAUUAUAUAUAUGCACGCAGUCCUCUGUUCCUCUCUUAUUUUACAUAUAGUCAUUGUUUAGAAUUCCUGUAUCUGUUCAUGACAAUUAUAUAGAUGUGUAUGUAUUUAGUUUUUUGUAGAUUACGAAAGGAGUUUAUUUUAUUUAUUUAUUUUUAAUUGUGAACUUUUAUAUAUAUUUGUUUAUUGAGUGGAAAUUAUUAAGUUCAAAGAAGAAAACUUAUCAUUAUUAUUAUUAUUAUUAUUAUUAUUAUUAUUAUUAUUAUUAUUCGGAGUGUUGUGACAAAGCGAGUGUGUCACGUUCCAGCAGCACCACAACACACCACAACACUUCACACACACACACACACACACACACACACACACACACACACACACACACACACACACACACACACACACACACACACACACACACACACAGGCACACUUGCCCAAACUUCAUGACGCAACACAACAUUUUUUUAUAUAUAUAUUUAAAAAUUUUUCUUGCAUUUUAUUUUAAUUAAGCGUCGGUUGUAAUAAUUUACCCGAUAUUCAAAGAGUAUUUUAUUAGUGUGUGUGUGUGUGUGUGUGUGUGUGUGUGUGUGUGUUAAAUUUAGUUAUAUAUAUAUAUAUAUAUAUAUAUAUAUAUAUAUAUAUAUAUAUAUAUAUAUAUAUAUAUAUAUAUAUAUAUAUAUAUAUAUAUAUAUAUAUAUAUAUAUAUAUAUAUAUAUAUAUAUAUAUAUAUAUAUAUAUAUAUAUAUAUAUAUAUAUAUAUAUAUAUAUAUAUAUAUUCUGCGUGUAUUCUUUUCUGUUACUUUCUAUUUACUUUUCGUGCAUUGAAGAUGGAAAACCACGUUGUAUUCAGAUGUUUUAUAGACCUAAGACAGACAACAGGCACGGGCAGAACACACCGAUAUAAAUACAUGUUAAAAGAAGCAAACUAAUGUACGACAGUAACGAAAGAUGAGUACGAUGAACAGAAAAAAAAAAAAAUGACCGGGAAGAAUAAUCGAACUCAGAGAAGGAAACUGUGAUAGAACUAGAAAGAGAAAAGACCAAAACACAGAUGGAAAAAAAAAUACAUGUAUAUGUGGAUAAACAAACAAAAAGCAAAAGUGAACAUGAAAGUAAUUAAGUUAUGAUAGACCAAAAUUAUCGCUUUGAAAUUGCAGAUGAAGUAGAAUUGUCAUUUUUCAAUUGGAUAUUUGAAACUAAAAAGAGAAAGUAUAGAAAAAGAGUAAGAUAGAAGACACUAACUUGAAAACAUGAAUGUAAAGAGGGAAGAGAAAAAGAAUGAAGUGGUUUAAUAUUUCUACCUUCAUUGAUUCUUUUAACAUACGAGAGAAAAUAAUCACAUCAAUAUUUUUAGUUCCUUCCAUAAGUUGCCCCACAUCAGAGCCUCGCGUUGACUGGACGACCCACCCACACAUUCCAACCAAUCAGCUCUCGUCUGGCUCAUCACCUCUGGGUCACCUUGAAAAUUGAACACAAAUAAUAGAGUGAAAAAAAAAAAGAAUCACUCCACACACAAACACACACACACACACACACGCUAAGAAGAAAGUGAAAGAAGUAAGAAGGAUUAUAAAAGAAAUUGGAAAAAAAGGAAGAAAGGAAGAAAUGGGAUAAGGAAGAAUGAGUUUUUACACACACACGAAUAAGAGGAAAGCGAAAAAGCAAGAAGCAGAAAAAGAAAAAAGGCGAAGAUGAUAUUGAAUAGGAGGAAGAAAGGAAAAGAAAGAAAGAUUAUAUAGUUUUCAUCACACACACACACACACACACACACACACACACACACACACAGCCCCGCCCCAGCCUCCCCCCUGCCCCCACAUGCCCAGGCCGCCUCGUCGCGUCUCUGUAAAGUGUACAAAUCUCUGUUUGUAUGUGAUUAAGUCGGCAAGGUCACCCCCUCCCCCACCUACACCCCCCUUCCCUGUAUCCUGAACCCCUCCCCCCUCCCUCCCUCCCUGGCAUCCUUGUACCCUUACACCCCCUCUCCCCCUCUUCCCUUGUACCGGUAAUCCUUGUAUAUUUUUUUUCUUUCUUGUUUCUUAUUUUAUUAUUUUGUCUGUUUUCUUUUUUCCUUCUUCUUCUUCUUCUUCUUCUUAUCUUUUCUGAAUUUCGUUUUCGUUUUCCUUCUCGAUUUAUUUUUUCGAUUUUUUCCUCAUUUUCCUUCUUAUUCUUUUCUUCCUUUUUCCCCUCGUUCCUACAACGCCUUAAAUUAAUCUUCCUCCUCCUCCUCCUCCUCCUCCUCCUCCUCCUCCACGUACCCAAUACUAAGCAGCUCAUCUGUCUGCUCGCGUGAAUGCUGAUGAUGAUGACGAUGAAUUGAUGAUGAUGAUGAUAAUAAAUACGUAUUUUUAAUCUAC